GCUGCUGUCUGUCAGCUCGAUUCACUGAGCGAGUUCUUAUUCGAGCUAGCAUGCUCCUGUUUCAUAUCACUUUGAUGCUUGGCCUCGUGGGUGUGUGCCAAUGUUAUUACGCCCAGACGCUGACGUGCCCCCACGAGGACCAGCAGCGGGGUCUUCACCGAAUAUGGUGCAAGCAGAACUCCACGCUGUGCUGCCACGGCUUCGCCUUCUCAAACGGGACGCGGUGGCUGGAGAGUGAGGGGGUUCGGGUUCACUACGACAGCAGCUCCUUCACCAUCACCGUCCUGCAACUCAGCCAGGGACCUGGAGUCUACUGGUGCGGCCUGCUGGACCACGACCAAACCAUCAUCAAACUAGCGGAGGCAUACUUCCAUGACCCGACCCCGGCCUACAUCUGGAGCAUCUUUCGCUGGAUCCUGAUGCCCCUCCUCCCUCUGUCGGUCAUCUCCAUGCACUUCUACACCAAACGAAAAGUCCAUAAAGAUAAGGUUGGAGAGGACUUAUAUGAAGACAUCCAUAUGCAAUCUCUGGCGCACAGAGAGGGAGACGUCCAGCAUCAUGACAAUGCAAUGGACCGGCAGUGACCGGCGAGACCAUGCAGUUGCUUGUCUUCUCACAUGUGCUGUGUGAGUGAAGACAAAGCUCGCUUCCCCCAGGCUUACAACCAUUGCCCAUAAAAUAAGAAGAGGACUGAAUUCCCGGUUACAUACAGGAAUUCAAAGCAAUGUAAUGCAAUGUAAGGGAAGUUCUAUGAUUUUGCACGUAUUUACGUGGAGGGGGAGAAAAGAUGUUAGUGUUAAAGAUUGUAAGUAUUUAAAACUGGAUUGCAAUGGAUACAUGAUGCAAGCUUCUAUUAUGAAUAAAAAUAAUUUCAUCU